UUUAUUGUGAAGUUCAAGAAGCUAACGAGCAGAGACUCACACCUGCUGUUUGACUCUACACACUUCUCUUUGUGUAGAGGAUCGGCAAAUGGCGACACACCAGACAGUGUGGCCGUGUUUCCCGGUGACCUUCCCCUGUCAGCUGCUCCUCCCCGGGCAGAGCUGUGCGGCUAAUCAGCACGCGGGCGUGCCGCUGCACUCCGGGCCGGUCCCGGUCCUCAACUACGCGUUGAUCGAGAAGCCGUGUCCCAGUACGUCCCAGUGCAGAAAACCGUGUCCCAAAAAGAACCGGAGGUUCCUGCUGCACAGGUCAGUGUUCGACUUGGUGGAGGCUCAUCACUACCUGUCACGUGAUGACCAGAAGCUGCUGGGCUGGUAUCUCGCUCUGACUCCGGAGGACAGAAAGAUCAUACUGGAUGAAGGAGGUUUUUACCAGUUUCUGCAGAGACACCCUGCGUUGGAACUGUCUCCAUUUCAUGUCUAUGUGAAGUCAGAUAACAGGGAGAGGGCAGCUCCUGUCCAGCCGACCAUCACAUGCUACCAACAGAUAUCUAAAACACCAGGAGCAAAGGAGCGCAGAUUUGGGAGAAGCUGGUGGCGAGGGAAGAGGGAAGCACAUGCACUGGGAAUGGAGUGGGAGCCAAGUGGUCAGAGAGGAAAGCCUGAGCUCAAGAGCCACAUUUCAGUGAUGCAGGACCAGAAUGCUAACGUCACUGCUAACUGUGCUGAAGUCUGUGAAUUACAGUCAAAUCCAAACGAGUCUCCCUCUGAGCACUGCAGCUCUGACUGUGUGGAUGUUGAUGGUGGAGAAGACGGUGACUGGAGCGUCCAAUCAGCCGAGGACAACGGCACCGAAGACGAGUGUCAGGGGAACGCGUUCACUGGGGACGACGAUGGAGCUAACUUUAGUUUGGACCAUCAGAACGACUACUUCCACAGCUUCAUGGGGGACGAUGUGGGCAUCCUUUGCUUAGUGGCUCCCGGAGGAACACAAGCACAUCACUCAGGUCCGGGCGCCACUAAUAGUGAAGCACUGUCAGACACCAGUGAGACUGGGACGUCUCCAGCCGAGGAGGACACCUCAGAAACUUGCACCCCCCCUCAUCCUCGUGUUCCCAGCUGUGAUGUUAUGGUCGGCACAGACUCUGUACCACGUGUGUCCACUUUCACCCAAUCGGAGGAUCCACAAACUGCCGACAAGAACCUCAUCACUGAGGUCCACAUGUCGGAUCUGGACUAUCUGGCUAAGGAGUUUAUCAAACUUAAUGCGGCUCAAAAGGAACAAAAGGAGAAAAUUAAAAGAUUGGGUUCUAAACUGAGACCGGGAUGUGACUGUAUUGAGCGUGCUCAGCAGGCGGAGCUGCGCCUCCUGGCUGUGCAGCACCUCAUGUGCAGGCAACACUGCUGGAGACUCUCCUGUACCUCUGCUGAGGGAGACCAGCUCAUUACGCCGUUCAGAGAUAAAGACCAAUACCGGCCAAAGAAGCCUCCUGCCAGCAUUUCAGGUGUCCUGCAAAAACUGGAGUGUGACUAUAACCACAUGAGGAACAAGAUCCUGGAGGGAGUUCCUCUGGAGCAACUUAAACCUCUGUGUGUUGACUCAGAGAAGAUUAUUACUGGAGCCAGUUACAUCCCUGCACAUAUAAUUGGUGAUGUGAUGGCAGAUCGUCCCUCUCGGAACGCCCUGGAGCCACAGGGGUAUAAAACAUUAGCUGAAGGAAAUGGAUGUCCUGGUGAUCAAGGCAGCGAUGGCAGAUCUCAGACUCAGGACAAAAAGCUGAAGGAGGAGAACAGCAAAACAAGGAGAGCUGUGACUUGUGUCCCCCAGGGAGGAGAUGCUAACCAUGACGCCAACAAGCCGGAGGAAAAGCAAACCAGAGCUGCAUGCAAAGAGCUCAUCAUGAGCGAGUCAUGGUUCGAUGCUGAGGAAGACCUGCAGCCGGCAGGAGCUGCUGACACGGAACAGGACACCACCACGGUCUCAGACGGUCCGACUGAUGAAUCUCCCUGUGAGGAGGCUGAGAGCUCCGUGCUCUGCGUCACUAACCUGCCCAGAAACGUGACAGAGUGUGACGUGAAGACCUGGUUUGAGAAGUACCAUCCCUCUGAAGUCAUCGUCUCUGUUUUAAAGAACGAUCUGAGAGUUGCCAUAGUGACAGUUACUGGCCCCCAGUCUGCCGAGGCUGCGGCGAGGGAGCUGAAUGGCUUCAGCGUGAAGGGCCGUGCUUUACAUGUGAAGCACGUCAACAGAGCCGCCGGUGGGAGCCAGAGUCUGAGCCAGAGUCUGAACCAGGCCUCAGGCAGCGUCAGGGAGUCCUCACAGGAAGCCACCACACUACAACCCCCCCAGACUGACCCCAGUAGCACUGGGAGACAGCUGCCUCUGAGCUCCAGCACCACGAGCAGGAAGGUGGUCUGCAUCACGCCCACAGCAGGGGCCACGUUUGUGCCCCAACACUACGGCACCAUGGGCAGCUUUGAGACCCUGAUGGCAGAGCUGACUCUGCACCACCCGAAUGCCGGGAGGCAGAGGAUUGUCUGUGCUAUGGUAGAACUAGGGGCCAAGCACCAGGGGGCGCUCUGUGGCCUGCCCCUCAGGAGAAUCAGGGAGAUGACCUCGGAGCUUCUGACCAGGCCAGAGAACGUCCAGUAGUCAUGAGUGAGCAGGAUGGAGGCUUGAGAUUUGUUUUUUCUUUAAGAAAGGAUCACAACCCCUUCAGGGUUUUUUUCUUAUGAAGGGUGGGGGGGUGAUGAAUCUAAAAUCAAUCGUGUGACGGCUGAAAAAGUUGUAUGCUUUAAAAAGUAGUUCUCAAAUGUUAGUUUAAUAUGGCGUCUGUGUUCAGGUAGCAUCAGAUCGUUUUUGAUUGUUCUUCAGUGCUGAGUUUGUUGUAGAUACAAGUUCAACAUCAAGUUUUUCACACAGUGCCUACAUCUGGUAAAUCUUUUUUUUUAUCUUUGUUUUUUUUUUAAAGGAAUUUGUUUGUAGAGAUUUGUAAAGUGGCUCACACGGUUGCUCACCGUUGUAAAUCAGCAGCUUUGUCUGUGUUUUACGUUCCAUUAAUAUAAAGGA